AUGCCCCUCCCCAAAUCCCUGCAGCCCCCGUCCCGCCCCCGCCCGAAUCCCAAACGCCAAGGCUCCUGCCUCCUCUGCAACUCUCUGUCCCCCCUCUCCCAUCCCAACACGUCAUACGCGACCGAAUCCGCGAAGCGCGUGCGAAAGACUCUAACUCUUAUCAUCGACGACCUUGCGCUGCAGAAAUCGAAGCAUUGUAACCAUUGUAAGCUGAUAUGUGACGCGUUGGAUGCUUUUUUUAAGGAUUGGCGGAGUAGUAGGGGCAGGAUUGUGGUGGAGAUGGGGGAGAAGAGUCCGGUAGUUGUGAGAUGGGAAGGGGAGGGAGGAGAGGGGACGUAUUUGGAGAUUUUUGGAGAUGUUGACAUCCGCCCCCCCUGGCCCACCCUCGGCGCCGCCCACCCCAUCCCCUCUUCCUCCUGCUCCGACGCCACCCUCGCCUUCGCCCGCCGCUGCCUCUCCGACUGUCUAACCUCACCUACCCACACCCUAUGUCGCUCUCCCGCUGCAACCUCAACCCCUAUCCUCCCCGCCCGCCUCCUCGACGUCGGCCGCGUCAACGCUCCAACCAAGCUCGUGAGAACGCCCCCUAACGCGACCCCGACAACUCUUCCUUACGCAACACUGUCUCACUGCUGGGGCCCGAACCCGCUUCUGUCAACGACGACGGGUAGCAUGGCGGCGUUUGGAAGGGGCAUCGCCUGGGAAGCUCUUCCGCCGCUGUUCCGCGAUGCAGUAAUCUUGACACGACAGUUAGGGUUACGGUAUAUAUGGAUUGACUCGCUGUGUAUAAUUCAAGACAGUGGAGAGGACUGGGAGGUGGAAAGCGCGAAGAUGGGCGCCAUCUAUCAGGCGUCACAUGUUACGCUCGUGGCCGUCGAGUGUGGGAAUAGUAAUACGCCCAUUUUCAAAGAGCGGAGUCAAGACGGGAGCCAUGGAAUUACGAUGACUUAUACGGAUGGGAGAGGGAAAGAGAAGGAAGUUAGCGUGAGGAAGAUGCUGGAUCAACAUCCGGAGAGCGGGAAAGGAGGGAAGGUCAGGCCGAGGGGUCCGCUGAUGGGGAGGGCGUGGGCGCUGCAGGAGCACGUGCUUGCGGCGCGUGUGGUGCUGUUUACGGAAGGUGAGGUGCUGUUUGAGUGCCGGACGGGGUGGAGGUGCGAGUGUAUGCCCGGGGAAAAGAGGGCGGGGGUGGCCGGGACCACACCCGGGAUGAUACCGAAGGCGCUUGCGAGUCUUCAGUGCUCAGCGGCUGAGAACGGAUCGAAGAAAAGGAAGAGGAGCGAGAAAUCAGAGCUGAAGUCGAAGAAGAUGGAGUUGGGGAAAUUGUGGUCGACGUGGCAUACCCUGGUCGCGGCAUACAGCACCCGUGCCCUUACGCACCCCCAAGACAAACUCCCUGCAAUCUCUGGAUUGGCAUCUCAAAUCGCCACUGCGACGUCCUCGCCGUAUCUGGCCGGGCUGUGGUUGAACAACCUCGCCCAUGACCUUCUCUGGUCCUCCCACCCCUCGUUGGCACCGCCGCAUCUCGCUCCUCGAUUGGCUUCGUAUCGCGCACCGAGUUUCAGUUGGGCGAGCGUCGACACGGAGGCGCUCUACUACGAGCCAGACAAAAGCGAGGGCGAGAAGCUGAAGUCGAAUAUUGAGGUGCUGGACUGGAACAUAAUUGUCAAAGGGGAGAACCUGCUCGGAGAAGUGAGCGGCGGGUAUGUCGUGCUCAGAGGCCAAGUGGUAGAGGGUACGCUGGUGGCCAACAAAGAGGGGGAACUUCGGUAUUCGGUGCUUGUGAGAGGGUCGAGUUCAUUGAGCAUGGCGCCAGACUCGCUGAUCGUUGAAGAUGGAAUGGAGGCUGAGGGCGAGGCUGCUAAGAAGGUCCGCCGAGCGAGGCCCGGAGAAGAUAGGGGAGAUAUACGCGCGAAGGUCCUUUGUCUCAACGUUGCUGGGUUUGGGCGAGAAUGGGUCAGUGGAUUAGUGCUUGGUCUUUCCACGAGAGAGCCAGGUGCUUACGAAAGGGUUGGGGUUUUCGAGAGCGGGAGUGAGGUCUUUAUUGGGAAAGAAAAGAAAGAGGUGAGGAUCAUAUGA